CUGUUGACAUCCCCUUUCUACCUAGGUAGUCUAUGACAUUCUAACUUCUGUAUAUCUACCUUGGUAUAUAUAAGCGAGGUAAUCGCAUUCAUAUAAUCGCGAUAUCCGGAUUGUCAUUGUAGAUUGGUACUUAUUACCGGAACCUAUGUGGCGCCCAUAGGUUUUUGUAUCGCGAAAUUACGGAAUGAAACAUGCCCCAAUAAUACGGGAUGAUAUCCCGCCGUAUUAUUAUAUCAUCAUAGUUUUCUAUGUUCGGUUAUAGAGAAGGUUGUUGUUUAAAAGCUAACGUAGAAGAUUACUAAAUUCGACAAGAGACAAGUUUACUUCUCGUUCCGCAUAUUUUCACUUGACGCCAAUAUGUGAUCCGCGUAAUGAGCUUCCAAGGUAUGUUCUAACCUUGGGUAGCACGUGACUCGCUCCGACUCCGCUUCACCUUAUCAUCAUUGAGAUAUGGAACUCCAAUAUUUCAACGAUAUCAACUAUGUCUUCAUAAUCCUAUAUAAAUCAUGGCUUGCGCGAUACGAUACCCCUUCAUUGCACCGAAUUGUGGCCAUCUAGCCCGUUUUAUACCAGCUACAAGAUGCCGAUCUUCCGCGGGCCAACCCUUCCCCGCACUAUCACAACCGUUAUCGUCGCCAAAGAUAAGAUAUCAUUUCAGCACCAGCACUACGCGGGCACAAAAUGGAGAUUUUAAAGCCUUGAAAGUGCAGCAGAGAAGGUUGAUGGAUGCAUUGCACCAUACAUGUUCAUUCGGGACUGGGAAGAGAUGGGGAAGCGCACCAACUGAGACGGGAAUGGCACGGCUUGCAUUGAGCGACUCGGAUAAACAAGCGCGAGAUUGGUUCGUCGAAACUACUAAAGCUCUGGGGUGUAACGUGACUAUUGAUGCAAUGGGCAACAUCUUUGCGGUGCGCCCUGGUUGUCGCGAAGGUCCUGCUACGUUCGCUGGAUCCCACCUUGACACGCAACCGACUGGUGGUCGAUAUGAUGGGAUCUUGGGAAUUCUAGCUGGCAUUGAGAUGCUGAGCGUGCUACGAGACCACCAAGUGGAGACUGAGUUCCCGGUUGGGAUUGUGAAUUGGACCAACGAGGAAGGUGCGCGUUUCCCGCUUAGCAUGGUAUCGUCUGGAGUUUGGGCGGAAGAAAUCCCCCUCGACCACGCGCAUAACCUCCAAGAAGUUGGCGGAGGGACGGCGACAAUGAAAUCAGAGUUGGAACGGAUCGGAUAUCUUGGCUCGACACCGGCGAGUUAUCGAAGGAUACCCAUGGCUGCGCAUUUCGAACUUCAUAUCGAACAGGGCCCGAUCCUUGAGACGGAGAAACAGAAAGUGGGGGUCGUAAAGGGUGUCCAGGCUUAUAAGUGGUUUACUGUUGAUGUUCAUGGACGAGACGCGCACACAGGAACCACCCCUCUUAGAAGCCGUGCUGACGCGAUGCUCCUGGCUGCUCGUUUGAUCACACAUUCGCAUCGUCUAGCAACCGCACAUUCCGUUCUUGUUUCCACAGGUAUACUGACUCUUAGUCCCGGUAGCACCAACACAAUCCCAGGACACGUGCGAUUUACGCUAGACAUACGUGCUCCCUCCGACGCCACCGUAGACAACCUUGUGGUCGAUCUGAAGAAAGACUUUGAUCGACUUGCGGAAGGCCACGAUAUCGACGGUCUACUCGCGCAUUCAACCCCUGGCAGGCCGCUCAAUGUGGAGUGGAGGAAGGACUUUGAGUCUCCCGCCACCUUAUUCCAUCCGGACUGCAUCGCAGCUGUACGCGCCUCUGCUGAGGCUGUGACCGGAAGCAGUAGUCUGGUUCGAGAUAUGACGAGUGGAGCAGGGCACGAUAGCGUAUAUGCUAGUCGUCGGUGCCCGACGAGUAUGAUUUUCGUGCCAUCAAAGAAUGGGGUUAGUCAUAAUCCGGAGGAGUACACGAGCCCUGAGGAUUGCGCAAUAGGAGCGGAGGUUCUCUUGCAGAGUGUGCUAAGGUAUGAUCGCAUGAGGGCCGAUGGGUUGGCCAAUGCCAUAUGAGGGGUAUGAUGGCGGUUAUACACGAAAAAAUCGCUUGAUUUCUUUAUGGCAUCGACACAGACCUAAG